UUACGUCUAUCUUCCUGUCCGAGGCGAUUUUCUCGCUGUGACUGACUCACUUAAACCGACAAACAGUCACGAAAACUAACUCGGAGACCUCUGACUCAGCGAGCAAUAGUAGCUCUGACGCUCAACACGAAACUAGUCAGAGCUGGUCGAGCUCUAGGGUUUAAUGGCGACUAUAGGGAAGACGAAGCUUGACUCUGGCUGGCUCGCCGCCAGGUCAACAGAGGUUAACCUCACUGGGACCCAACUCACCACCACACACCCUCCUUCCAAAGGCCCUAAUUCGCCUUGGAUCGACGCCGAAGUCCCCGGAACUGUUUUGGGAACCUUAGUGAAGAACAAAGUUGUCCCCGAUCCGUUCUAUGGGCUAGAAAAUGAGAUGAUUAUAGACAUUGCUGAUUCUGGAAGGGAAUACUACACGUUCUGGUUCUUUACAACUUUUCAAUCUAUGCUGUCAGGUUCUCAGCACCUGGAUUUAAACUUCCGCGCAAUCAAUUACUCCGCGGAGGUAUAUUUAAAUGGGCACAAAAAGGUACUUCCCAAAGGGAUGUUUAGAAGGCAUUCUCUUGAUGUCACAGAUAUUGUGCAUUCUGAGAGUGGUCAGAACUUGCUUGCUGUUAUUGUUCACCCUCCCGAUCAUCCUGGGCGUAUUCCUCCACAGGGGGGCCAAGGUGGUGAUCACGAGAUUGGAAAAGAUGUUGCUGCACAAUAUGUGGAAGGUUGGGAUUGGAUAGCUCCUAUAAGGGAUAGGAACACGGGCAUAUGGGAUGAGGUUUCAAUUUAUGUUACAGGGCCAGUGAAAAUAGUUGAUCCUCACUUGGUUUCAACAUUCCACGACAAUUACAAGAGAGUAUAUUUACAUACUACAACUGAGUUGGUUAAUAAAAGCGCCUGGGUUGCCGAGUGCUCUUUAAAUAUCCAAGUAACAACAGAGCUUGAAGGUAACAUGUGUUUGGUAGAGCAUCUACAGACGCAACAUUUGUCAAUCCCUGCGGGAUCACAGGUGCAAUAUACAUUUCCCCAGCUCUUUUUUUACAAGCCUAAUUUAUGGUGGCCCAAUGGUAUGGGAAAGCAAUCCUUGUACAAUGUUGUUAUUACAAUUGAAGUAAAGGGAUACGGAGAGUCUGAUUCUUGGGGCCAUUUAUUUGGGUUCCGCAAAAUUGAGAGCUAUAUUGAUAAAGCUACAAGAGGAAGACUGUUCAAGGUCAAUGGGCAGCCUAUUUUUAUACGUGGAGGUAACUGGAUAUUAUCAGAUGGGUUACUUCGGCUUUCAAAAAAGCGAUACAGUACAGAUAUCAAGUUCCAUGCUGACAUGAAUUUUAACAUGAUCCGUUGUUGGGGUGGUGGAUUGGCUGAAAGGCCAGAGUUCUAUUAUUAUUGUGAUCUUUAUGGUCUGCUGGUCUGGCAAGAGUUUUGGAUUACUGGGGAUGUUGACGGACGAGGUGUCCCAGUAUCAAAUCCUGAUGGUCCCUUGGACCACGAUCUUUUCAUGCUUUGUGUAAGAGACACUGUCAAGCUUUUAAGGAACCAUUCUAGUCUUGCCCUAUGGGUGGGUGGAAAUGAACAAAUUCCCCCAGAAGGCAUCAACACAGCUUUGAAAAAUGACCUCAUACUUCAUCCUUUAUUUCACAACGAAUUGAAUGAAGAUGGCAAAUCUGCUACAGGUUUAUCCUUGGAAAUAAAGGAUCCAAGCCAAUAUCUUGAUGGUACACGUAUUUACAUCGAGGGAUCCUUGUGGGAUGGAUUUGCAAAUGGAAAGGGGGGCUUCACUGAUGGUCCUUACGAAAUCCAGUAUCCUGAAGACUUCUUCAAAAAGGAUUAUUACAAGUAUGGAUUUAAUCCAGAGGUUGGUUCUGUCGGCAUGCCUGUUGCAGCUACCAUCAGAGCAACUAUGCCUCCAGAAGGAUGGAAGAUUCCAUUGUUUAGAAAGGUUUCUGGUGGUUACAUAGAAGAAGUUCCAAACCCGAUAUGGGAAUACCAUAAAUACAUUCCCUACUCAAAACCAGGGAAGGUUCAUGAUCAGAUACAACUUUAUGGGUCUCCAAAGGAUCUUGACGAUUUUUGCUUAAAGGCUCAACUUGUUAAUUACAUUCAAUAUAAAGCUCUACUGGAGGGCUGGACUUCACAGAUGUGGAGUAAAUACACCGGUGUCUUGAUUUGGAAGACACAAAACCCUUGGGCAGGUCUCAGAGGUCAAUUUUAUGACCAUCUUCUAGAGCAAACAGCAGGUUUCUAUGGAUGUCGCUCAGCCGCAGAACCAGUCCAUGUCCAACUUAAUUUGGCUACAUUUUUUCUUGAGAUUGUUAAUACUACGUCAGAGGAACUAUCUAAUGUAGCCAUAGAAGCCUCGGUAUGGGACCUGGAAGGAACAUGUCCAUACUACAAAACUUUUGAAAAGCUUUCUGUGCCACCGAAGAAGACAGUAUCCAUUGUUGAGAUGAAAUAUCCAAAGUCCAAAAACCCAAAGCCAGUCUACUUUCUUCUUCUCAAGCUGUAUUACAUGUCUGACAAUCGCAUCAUAUCUAGGAACUUUUACUGGUUGCAUUUAUCGGGUGGUGAUUACAAGCUUUUAGAGUCGUACAAGAAGAAGAAAAUACCCCUCAAGAUUAUAUCCAAGAUUUUCAUCAAAGGCUCCACAUAUGAAGUCCAUAUGCAUGUCCAGAAUACAUCCAAAAAGCCAGAAUCUCAAAAUUUAACCUUGGCAAACAAUUUUACUUCAAUGCAAAGUGACAGUGAUUUUGAUUCAUUCUCACUGGAAUCAACAUGUGAAAAACCAGAUGACAGCCAAGCAGUUGGUUUAGUUCAAAAGAUUUUCAGGCGUUUUUCCAAAGAACAAGAUGGUUUCAAGAUUACCGAAACAAACACAAAUGGUUCAGAUGAGGGUGUUGCUUUCUUUCUUCAUUUUUCAGUUCAUGCUUCGGUGACACAGCACAAAAAGGAAGGAGAAGAUACAAGAAUUCUUCCUGUGCAUUACUCGGACAACUACUUCUCACUGGUGCCAGGUGAGGGUUUGCCGGUGAAGCUCACUUUUGAAGUACCUCCUGGUGUCACUCCUCGAGUAACUCUUCAAGGUUGGAAUUAUCCUAGUGCGCAUACUGUCCAUUGAUCUAAAUAACUAAACUAUCAUGUCUGUUGUUUGCAAAAUGAAGAACCUGGAUGUCGAUUCAACUGUACAUGUUCAUGUUGAGUAUUAAUAACAAACCCAGCUGGAGUUUUUUCUCUCAAGUUUCUUUUAUUAGCCAGAAAUAAAAUAAAUUUUCUCAAUAUUUACUUUAA